AUGUGGGCGCUUGUGAGGCGCAGUGUGUUGAUGCUGGGGCUUUCUGUGUGGGCAGUGCCACCCUGGGCUCUGAUUGCCAUGGCUGUGGUUGCUGGUCUCCUGCUGCUCACCUGCUGCUUCUGCAUCUGCAAGAAAUGCUGCUGCAAGAAGAAGAAGAACAAGAAGGAGAAGGGCAAGGGCAUGAAGAACGCCAUGAACAUGAAGGACAUGAAAGGGGGCCAGGAUGAUGAUGAUGCAGAGACGGGCCUGACCGAAGGAGAAGGUGAAGGCGAGGAGGAGAAGGAGCCAGAGAACCUGGGCAAAUUGCAGUUUUCUCUGGACUAUGAUUUCCAAGCUAACCAGCUCACCGUGGGUGUCCUGCAAGCGGCUGAACUCCCUGCCCUGGACAUGGGUGGCACUUCAGACCCCUAUGUCAAAGUCUUCCUCCUCCCAGACAAGAAGAAGAAAUAUGAGACCAAGGUGCACCGGAAGACACUGAACCCUGCCUUCAAUGAGACCUUCACUUUCAAGGUGCCAUACCAGGAGUUAGGAGGCAAAACCCUGGUGAUGGCCAUCUAUGACUUUGACCGCUUCUCUAAACAUGACAUCAUCGGAGAGGUGAAGGUGCCCAUGAACACUGUGGACCUCGGCCAGCCCAUUGAGGAGUGGAGAGACCUACAAGGCGGGGAGAAGGAAGAGCCGGAGAAGUUGGGUGACAUCUGUACCUCCUUGCGCUAUGUGCCCACUGCCGGGAAACUCACAGUCUGUAUCCUGGAGGCCAAGAACCUCAAGAAGAUGGACGUUGGGGGCCUUUCAGACCCCUACGUGAAAAUCCACCUGAUGCAGAAUGGCAAGAGACUCAAGAAGAAGAAGACGACCGUGAAGAAAAAGACCCUGAACCCCUACUUCAACGAGUCCUUCAGCUUCGAGAUCCCCUUUGAGCAGAUCCAGAAAGUCCAGGUGGUUGUCACUGUGCUAGACUACGACAAAUUGGGCAAGAACGAAGCCAUCGGCAAGAUCUUUGUGGGCAGCAACGCCACAGGCACGGAGCUGCGGCACUGGUCCGACAUGCUGGCCAACCCUCGGAGGCCUAUCGCCCAGUGGCAUUCUCUUAAGCCAGAGGAGGAAGUGGAUGCGCUUCUGGGCAAGAACAAGUAGGACACGGACGCUGGGCCACGUGCCUCUGAGGGCACUGACAAGAUCCAGAGCUAUCAAUACCUCAGUUAUGCGACCUUAGAGGUUUCUCCAUUUGUUUGCGGUGUAUUUUUCCUUCCUUUUACUCUUUUUAAAGACCAACUUCCUUUCGGUGGCUGCGUGAAGGGAGUCCCCUAAGUGGUGAAAGAGAAGCCCGGCUCUGUCUGUUCCCCAGGAGCUGUCCUUGUUGCAUGCCUGUCGCGGUUUCCCUCACUCUCAGAGCUUCACACAGGCCUCGCCCCACGCGGGGCCUCGACUGGCAGAAAGUUGAAGCAGUUCCUGCUCUUUCUGUGUUUUGGACCAACAAAAUGGCAGCACAUUCUGUUUCUCUACUGUCAAGGCAACACAAUGUCCAGCGUGUUUUGUGUGAGUGUGUGUGUGUGUGUGUGUGUGUGUGUGUGUGUGUGUAUGUGUACGCGUGUCCAUCCCUGCCUGUCUUUGAGUCUUUCUCUUCAUUUCUGGAAUGAGCCAUGGACAAUGAAGCCGUGUGAAAGGAGGAAGUCUUCAGGGACUCCAGGAUGAAGAAAACCCGCUGCCUCAGUGGGAGGCCUGUCAGCGUGUAAGCCCUGGUGUAAGCCAGAAGCUCUCAGAGUCCUUGGGAAUGGCCAUUUGGAAGGCAGCACAGUGUGGUACUGGAUGUAUUCAGAACUAGGACCAAAGCCCUUGACGUCACAGACUUCCUCUUGUCAGUCAUGGCUUCCCCCAGGAGUGUGGUUUCGGGGACGUUCAUGGGAACAAACUCUCACCGGAUUGACUGAACUCUCCCAGAGAUUGCUGGCCCCAGGAUCGCAUUCUUGUCGACAGCAUCAAACCAUGAAGCGGAGUCCCACUACUGAGAAAGCCUGAAGCUGAGCUCCUGGAUGUUUGCCUCCUAAGUGGGAAGUUCAAGCUUCCUCCCUCCGCAGUGCAGCGCGAAAGCAGUGCCAGGGUCAUUUGCAUUCAUGCACCACCUUGCUUUUGCUUCUGUUUCCCUUUUUGUGUAAGUGGAAAAAUACUGUCUGAAGACAAACACUCUGCACAGAGCCAGAGACCUGAGAGAGGAAGGCUUGAGUGUUUAGGUCCCUUGAGGUCCAGGUAAGGAGGAGGUGGCAAGAAGGGGGAGCAUGGAUGGACAGUGAUGAGCUCACAACUCCGAUUCCUGACUCCCUGGGCCCUUAGGCCUCCGUGAUGGUAGCCAGAGGGGCCCAGGCAGAGCUGUGGAGAGGCCCUAUCCUUCCAUUCCCUAGAGGCAGGGAAAUGCCAGGAAACAGGGCGUUCAUUUCAAACGAGUGCUGGAGGAAACCUGCGAAGGUUUCUACCCCUGUGUUCAGUGUCCCCUUCCCUGUUCCCCGCUUGUCC